AUGAGGAAGAUCUUUUGCUUCGGGAGAAAGAAGGUUGGGCCGCCCUCUGGCCCCUCCAGCAACCAUGGCGAGACCAGGGUGGGCCUGGAAGGCGAGGCUGGUGACAGCGCCUUCCUACAGCCAUGGUACCACAUCCGGGAAAAAGAUCUCAGCAAAAUUCACCAAGCUGCCAGCGCUGGUGACUUAGCGAAAUUGGAGCGGAUCCUUUCACUGAAGAAAAAGGCCUUGGAUGCCAGAGAUAGAAAGAACAGGACUGCUCUCCAUUUGGCCUGUGCCAGUGGCUAUCCAAAAAUGGUUACUAUCCUUGUGGACAGAAAAUGUAAGCUCAAUGUCCCCGACAGUGAAAAAAGGACAGCUCUGAUUAAGGCGGUACAAUGCCAGAAAGAGGAGUGUGCCAGCAUCCUGUUAGAACGUGGUGCGGAUCCAAAUCACAGUGACGUCUAUGGCAACACAGCUCUUCACUAUGCUGUCUAUCAUGGGAACCUGUCAAUCACAGAAAAACUCCUUUCACAUGGCGCAAAUAUAGAAGCAAUAAACAAGGAUCACCUCACUCCACUUUUACUUGCUGUGAGUGGAAAAAAAGAGGAAAUGGUAGAAUUUUUGGUAAAGAAGAAUGCAAAUGUAAAUGCAGUCGAUAAAAUGAACAGAACAGCCCUCGUGCUUGCUGCACAUUGUAAAUCACCAAGUAUAGUCACUCUUCUUCUUGAGCAAGAUACUGAUGUUUUUCAUGAAGAUAUCUUUGGAUGGGCUGCAAAAGAUUAUCCCACUGCUAGUGGUUUACAUAAUAUUCACCACCAAACUUCAGAAUAUAAAGAAGAAAAGAUACCUGACAACGCUUCUCAAAAUAACAAUGCAGUGGAUGGAAUUUCUGAAGACCGUACAAUCAGGAUUUCCAGCAACAUGGGUAUUGAUGAUUUACGACCUACGUCAUAUGGUGAA